GACAACUUCCGGAAGAGGUCGCCAUGGCUUCCCGGGAGGAGGUACUCGCCUUGCAGGCUGAAGUUUCCCAGCGUGAGGAGGAAUUGAAUUCCCUGAAGCAGAAACUGGCGUCGGCCCUUUUGGCGGAGCAGGAACCGCGGUCAGAACGUCUGGUUCCGGUGUCGCCGCUGCCGCCGAAGGCCGCUCUUUCCCGAGAUGAGAUUCUGCGCUAUAGCCGGCAGCUAGUGCUGCCGGAGCUGGGCGUGCACGGACAGCUGCGCCUGGCAACCGCGUCCGUGCUAGUCGUGGGCUGCGGUGGGCUUGGCUGUCCACUGGCGCAGUACUUGGCAGCGGCCGGCGUGGGUCGCCUUGGCCUUGUGGACUAUGACGUGGUAGAGAUGAGCAACCUCGCCCGCCAAGUGCUGCAUGGAGAGGCAUUGGCUGGCCAGGCCAAGGCCUUUUCGGCCGCCGCCUCGCUGCGCCGCCUCAAUUCGGCAGUGGAAUGCGUGCCGUACACUCAGGCCCUUACGCCAGCCACUGCCCUAGACCUGGUCCGCCGAUAUGAUGUGGUGGCCGACUGUUCGGACAACGUGCCCACUCGCUACCUGAUUAAUGACGCAUGUGUGCUGGCGGGUCGGCCCCUCGUGUCUGCCAGUGCCUUGCGCUUCGAGGGCCAAAUCACAGUCUACCAUUAUGACGGUGGGCCUUGCUAUCGCUGCAUAUUCCCCCAACCACCCCCAGCGGAGACAGUGACCAACUGCGCGGACGGCGGGGUGCUUGGUGUCGUAACUGGGGUCCUGGGCUGCCUGCAGGCCUUGGAAGUGCUGAAAAUCGCUGCGGGUCUGGGCCCCUCUUACAGUGGCAGUCUGUUGCUGUUUGAUGCCCUGCGAGGGCAUUUCCGCUGUAUUCGGCUGCGGAGCCGCAGGCUCGACUGUGCAGUUUGCGGGGAACGGCCCACUGUGACUGAUCUGCUGGACUAUGAAGCCUUCUGUGGCUCCUCAGUCACUGAUAAAUGCCGCUCCCUGCAAUUACUGAGCCCAGAGGAGCGUAUUUCUGUCACCGACUAUAAGCGACUUCUGGAUUCUGGGGCAUCCCACCUGUUGCUGGACGUCAGGCCUCAGGUGGAGGUGGACAUUUGUCGUUUGCCUCAUGCCCUACACAUCCCUCUGAAACAUUUGGAACGCAGGGAUGCGGAGAGCCUGAAACUCUUAAAAGAAGCAAUCUGGGAAGGGAAGCAGGGCACACAGGAAGAGGCUGCUGUCCCCAUUUAUGUGAUUUGCAAACUGGGAAAUGACUCACAGAAAGCCGUGAAGGUCCUCCAGUCCUUAUCAGCAGCUCAAGAGUUAGACUCUUUAACAGUUCGGGAUGUUGUGGGGGGCCUCAUGGCCUGGGCUGCCAAAAUCGAUGGAACAUUUCCGCAGUACUAAGGUGACCGGUAUAGUCUGAUGGGAAAGAUGUGGAUUGCCGUAAUGCCUCGAAGAUACAUUUAUUUGAAUUUUUCAGUAAUAUGCAUAGGAGCUGGGGAUUCUACAGUAUCUGUGAAUACAUGGACUCCUUUUUUAUAAGGAGUUUUAAAAAUUGUUUUGUAUUGGAUGACUUAUUAAUGGUUUAUACUGUUUCUGAGAACUAUCAUUUUUUUUUUCCAGCACACAGAGGGUGUCUUGGACAUGUGAGAUGUAACGUGACAGGAAUUUGUAUUUUAAACUGCAGAUCAUUUAGCUGUCCUUAUUUUCCACCUCCCCCAUCAAGUGCUUUCUAAAUCAUUUUCACAGAUUAUGUACUUAGGAUCUGUUUACUGUUUAGUUAAGAAAUUCUUGGAUCUUAUUAGUAUUUCAGAUGAUAGAAUACAUCCUACAGAAAUACAUAUUUAAAAUGUAAAUUGUUUUAAUUAUUCAGAAAGGGGGUCCUUUUAUUUGGCAUUUUGAAUUAGUAUCAAAAUGAGUUUUUUUUUUUUUUUUGAGACAGAGUCUCGCUCUGUUGCCCAGGCUGGAGUGCAGUGGUGCGAUCUCGGCUCACUGCAACCUCUGCCUCCCAGGUUCAAGCGAUUCUCCUGCCUCAGCCUCCUGAGUAGCUGGGAUUACAGGCACACGCCACCACGCCUGGCUGAUUUUUGUAUUUUUAGUACAGAGGGGUUUCACCAGGUUUGUCAGGCUGGUCUCGAACUCCUGAUCUCGUGAUCCGCCUGCCUUGGCCUCCCAAAGUGUUGGGAUUACAGGCGUGAACCACCACACCCACCCUAGAUCUUUAAAGUUUACCAGAAUAAAGGAAACUACUUUUGUAGUCUG